AUGUCCAUCUACCCGCCGACUCGUCAGCCUACAACUGCUCUGAAUGGUGUCGGCGACAUGAGUGAUGGUUCAGGCACCAUCAAUCCUGCGGCUCUGAACGCUAGUGGAGGGCUAAUACAGUCGUCCGCCGAAUCCGCCCCGCGAGGCAUCAAAAGAAGCAGAUCGCCUGAGCAAUAUGGCGAAUAUCAACACGUCGAAGAAGAAGGUCCCCGCAAACGUGGUCGGCCGUCAAAGACGCCACGAACCUCUGGAGACUACAGCUCUCACAUUGAAUCCCUUCCGACGCCUUCCAGCCAGACAUCACCCGAUCUAACCCAAACACCGAAGACCCAGCAAGCCGGUCAACAUCUAUCGGCGACCCCGGCCCAAGCCUCACCGCCGCGGACAAUACCGAAAUCGACGAUCAAAGCUCUGCCGACGGUCCGAGAUCACACGAGCGAUGUUCUUCAACCAGAAGGAGACGAAUAUGUACCCCGCGAGUAUGACGAAGCGGGUGAGAAAAAGGUGGAUUCUUUGGGAUAUCUUCAAGGCGGGCGAGAGUAUAAGAUUAGGACUUUUACUCUCCCCGGGAGAGGUCAGAAGUUGUUCAUGUUGGCCACCGAAUGCGCGCGACAGCUUCAGUAUCGCGAUUCAUACCUAUUGUUCAAUAAGAACCGGUCACUAUACAAGAUUAUCGCGAGUGUCAAAGAGAAGGAGGAACUCGUCAAUCAGGAGAUCCUGCCAUAUUCUUACCGAUCACGUCAGAUUGCGGUUGUCACUGCCCGUUCGAUGUUUCGCCAGUUUGGCAGUCGCGUUAUCAAGGACGGGCGGAGAGUCCGGGAUGACUACUGGGAAGCAAAGGCCAUCAAACAAGGGUUCACCGAGCAAGACGCUGCAGGCGAGAAGCGACCUGGAGCUGCCAAAGCCCGGGAGGCAGCAGCUCAAGAUCAACUAAAUGCGAGGACCCAUGUGGCUGCCAGCUACGGUGAUAUUGUCUACAGCAACGGACCCGCGUAUGGCGCAGUCCAACCACCUGCUCUGCAUUCAGGAGUCGCGUCUACUAUGGCUCAGUUGACAUCAUUCGACGCGGCUUAUGACUCCAGGUACAAAGACAUCCCCCGCCCCAGGCAGGAUAUCACAGGCCCGCCUUAUCAAGAUAUCACGCGUCCAAGCAGUGAUGUUGAACUUGCAAGUCAAGCCGGCCACGCUGCUGAGUUCAGCAAGAGCAUCAACCAGCAAAAUCGCUAUCGGCGUGGUCUUGUGGAGGACUACUGGCGCAGGCCACACGACCCGCCUGCGACGCCGCCACCGGCAGAACCUGAAGCACCGACUACUGGUCAUCCCUUCUCGUCCCCGCGCUUCAACACCAGCGACCUGCCGUCUACUCAAGCGAACACACUAUCGCAUCAAGCUCAGCCAUCCCAGUCGUCGAUGAACCCUCCCUCAUUCCCCCACCAGCAACCGCCUAUCCAAUCACCUGUUCGGCAACCGAGUCUACAGCAAACGUUCGCACGUGACAGCUCUCAAUAUACGCCUCAACAUCCCCAGUUCCAAAGAUCACCCUCUAAUCUAUCGCUUCCGCAGUCUGCGUCCCAACAACACCAAAUGCCUUUUGGCGGCGGUGCCUUCUCACCCCAUGGGAUUGGUCAGCAGCCGCCACCACCGCAGAACUGGGGUGCUCCUCCACCGCAACCUCAUCAAUCCCCUGCUUUGCAUCGCAUGAGUACACCUCAGUUCUCUCCUAAUCUUUCGCAAAGCCAGAUCCCUUCUCCUCUGCCAGGUGGUACUCAUCCUAGCCCCUCACCUCACCCACCCCAGAUGCAACCACCGCAGAUGCCGAUGCUUCCUCACCAAGGGAGCUCUGGGGUCAUGGGGGGCCAGCAGCUUUACGGGCCUGGGGCAGGACUCCAGGCGAUGAAUGCUGCAGGUUACGGUUCCAUGGGCAUGGGUCAACGGCCAAUGUAUGGAAUGGGAGCCCAGAACCAGUUCAUGCCGCCCAACCCUCCGCAUGGGCAAGGCUGGGCCGGACCACAAAACCAACCUCAGGGAGGAGGACAGUGGAAUCAAGGUUUUCAGUGA